AUUUGGGCAAGCGUUUCGGCUGUCAUAAGAGUUGUCUCUUGUUCUUCGAUACCAACAGCAAGCAGCGACCGACCCGCCACAUGGCCAGCAAUGCCGGAUGAUCACGAACUAGAUUCUUACGGAAUACAAGCAUCAUCAGCUGAAGGCUCGAGCUCUUCCCGACCGCUCCUCUCCCGCGAUCCUUCCCCCCCGCCCUCUCCAUCCCGACGUGGACGAUCGCACCCCGUUGCGUCACAUGGCUAUCCAAGCAUCCAUUCUAUGUUCAGGCGGUUAUGGAAGCCGAUAGUAAUACUAUCUAUCCCGUUCUUCCUAGUAUUUCUUUAUUCCCUCGUCCACCCUCAUGUCAAGGGCCUACCACCAUUACCAAAAAUAUCUAUAACGAGUGGAGGCGCGGUUAGCCAGCCAUAUUAUGAGGAGAAGAUUGUCCAGGACUGUAUCUGCGGGACUACCGAUGAAGGAAAAAGGUUAUGCUCUUUGUAUCACGAGGAGGGAUUGCGUAAUAGUCGAUUAAUCGAAGGAACAGGGGCGAGAAUGCGCAAGGUAUUGCAGAAGGCUAGGAAUGGGGAGAAGAUCAAAAUCGGCGUGUUGGGCGGUAGUGUCUCUGCUUGCCACGGUGUGCAUCCCAGCGACAGGUUUCCUCAAGGAGAUCCAGCAGGGCCAGGAUGCUAUACAUCACUUCUGAUGGAGUGGUUCAAAGAGACUUUUCCAGAUGCGGAUCAUGAGUUCACGAACGGUGCAAUCGGCGGAAUGGAUUCGAGUUACUAUGCUUUCUGCGGGACCCAUCACAUUCCAGCGGACAGCGACCUCAUAAUACUAGAAUUUGACGUCAAUGACCAGAACGAUGUUCUCUAUGAGACGUUCUUCGAUCAACUUCUGCGCGCCCUCUCUGAAUUCCAGAAUGAGCCUGCAAUCCUCAUUCUGGGUGCUUGGGCUCCACAGGUAGCCCAAGAUCAAGGAUAUGGAGACCCUCAAAUGGUGCACUCACCCAUUGCAUUGUACUACGAUGUGCCGUACCUGUCUAUGAAGAGAUUGAUGUUCAACCAUUACUUGCGAUAUCCUCACUCGACAGCAAAGACUUUCUUCCAACCAGAUUUGCUACAUCCCAAUGCUCGUGGUCAUCGUGUUUUGUCAGACCUUCUAAUCGCUUAUCUCGAUUCCGAACUCUGCAUGCUCUCAAAAUACGGCCUUCCUAUUGCCCCUCCUUUGCAGGAUACCAUCUCCACGACUCAUCCCUUUACCGACCUUAUUGACGUCCAUGUCCCCCUUGAGACUCUUCAUCUUGUCGAUCCCGCAGCCCCGCCAGAGGGAUGGGAAGAAACUUUUAAAACCGAACCUCUUGAAGCCUUAUCCCACGAGAAACGACUUUUUGCUGUUCCCCUCACUCCAUACUCCAUCCCGCCUGUGGGAAUGUUUACCCCUCUCAGCGAUGUCGUCAACCCUACGAAUGAUGAUCCGAUCACUGGUGAACACAUCGCUGCUAUUGCUCAACCCCGCUUGUUUUGUGCAGACGCGAAUGACAAGAAGAACCCUAUGAAGCCCACCCAAGCCGACGGUUGGGAACCUUUUGCUUGGAAUGGCGAGAAGCAUUACUGGGUUUCGCAUAAAUCCGGAUCGAGGAUCAGGGUAAACAUCAAAGUUAGCGCCGGAAAAGUCGCUGUGUACUAUUUUAGGAGUCAGCAUUACAACCUGGGAGACGCAAAGUGCUGGGUGGAUGACAAUGAGAAGGGUGCGGUGACUCUUUCAGGUUAUUGGACAAAACAGUACAAUGUUGCUGUCGCUGCGUAUAUUGACGAAAAGGUUACACCAGGCGACCAUUACGUUGUAUGCGAGGUUCUCCACACCACAUCUCACCCCACCAACCCCGACGCACAUCAUUUCAGACUUACAGCCGUCAUGGCUACAUAAACCGUUAUAUCGGUAGAGAAAUUUACAUUAUAUCAAAGGCCGA